CAGCGAAUAUGGCGGCUUGCAUCUGAUAGAAAGUGAGGAAUCUCCCAUCAAAAUACCUGCUUCAAACGAGUCUCUGUGGGUAACAGCCUGUGUGACUUCAGCUCCUCUGCAGCAGCACGUUUAUCUUUGGUCAUCAUGGGUCGAACACCACACAGAGAUCAAAAAGACGAGAAGGAGCGGCGGAGCAGCAUCACAGCAGGAUCUCCGCUCGACAAAUCUAAUGAACCGUUCAGUUGGGAAGACUAUUUGAGGGAAACAUCCUCCACUGCAGCUUCGCCUACUUGCUUCAAACAGUCCAGAGUCCCCCCCUCCAAUGACUUUAAAGCGGGUAUGAAACUGGAGGCACGGGACCCUCGCAACUCUAACUCUGUGUGCAUCGCAACGGUGAUGGGCAUGAUGGGUACUCGUCUGCGCCUGCGUUUGGAUGGAAGUGACAACACCAAUGACUUCUGGAGACUGGUCGACUCGUUAGAGAUCCAGCCAAUAGGAACCUGCGAGAGAAACGGAGACAUGCUGCAGCCACCACUCGGUUUCAGGAUGAAUGCCUCUUCGUGGCCCAUGUUCCUCCUGCGGACGCUGAGUGGAGCAGAGAUGGCCCCUGCCUCUGCUUUUAAAAAGGAACCACCCACCCCACCAAAAAACUACUUCCAGGCUGGUAUGAAGCUGGAGGCAGUGGACAGGAAGAACCCCUACCUGAUUUGCCCUGCCACAGUGGGAGAGGUCAGAGGUCAGGAAAUAUUCGUCAUGUUUGACGGCUGGCGAGGCGCCUUUGACUACUGGUGCCCCUUCGACUCCAGAGACAUCUUCCCCGUCGGCUGGUGUGCCCUGACAAAACACAGCUUACAGCCGCCUGGAAACUUCUUUACUCUCCCUGGUGCACUCCUUGCUCCUGUGUCUUCCUCCUCAGCCUCCCUCACUACCCGUCGCUCCUCUUCCAACUCCUCCUCCUCCAUGCAGACCUCAUAUCGACUGCCCAACCCCUUGCCACCCCUCCCUGUGCGCAAGGGUGUCCGAGGUCGUCGUCCAAAAUCCCAGACGAUUGCUUUGUUGAAGGCAGCGGCAGAGGCUGCAGCGGCAGCAGCAGUAAAUGGAGCAUCACAGAGCCCCGCCAGAACGAGCACUGAGACUCAACUGGCCCCCAGACCACACAAGAAGAGAGGGCCUAAGCCUAGGAGCAAGAAGAAGCCUCGGGUGGUGCAGUCACUGGGGACACCUGCCGUCACAGUUCCACCUCCAGAGACCAGACUGAGCUCCGGACACGUCUCAGCUGACAGCAACCAUAGCAACAGCUCAAAUGUAGUUUGCACAGUGUGUGUCUAUGUGAACAAGCACGGUAACUAUGGCCCACAUCUCGACAGAAAACUAGUGCAGCAGCUCCCAGACCACUUCGGUCCGGCUCCAGUCAACGCAGUGCUUCAGCAGGCUGUGCAGGCCUGCGUGGACUGUACGUACCAGCCGUCUGUGAUGCUGUCGUUCCUACAGAGCCAGUCCCACACAGGAGGAGAGGUUAUCAGAGUACGGUCAGAGCAUGGUAUCCGCUACGUGAAGCUGCCCUCCGCCUCCAGUGCGUCUUCUGUGCUGCGGUUCCUGGAGAACAUGUGCCAACAUCUAGAGAGCGACAGUCUGUUCAGCUCGCAGCCGUUCAGCUCCUUCAACAACAACACACGCUUCUACAACAGGACCAAGUCAGAACCACUGUCCCACACUGAGAACGGCCUGUCCAAGGACGAUUCCAAAAAGGAUCCUGCUCCCAGCACGCGCCCCCCUCACGCUGCUUCAGACUACAGAGCAGCAAAGAAGGAGCGGCCAUAUUACUCUGGACACGCAAACACGCCGCCACCCCUACGACGCGUGAGCUCCAACCCGACAGAACUCAGCCCGGUGUGUCCACCCAGACGAGUGGAAGCAGCGAGCUCAACAACAGGCCCAGACCACGUGAAACAGGACAAGGAGGGUUCAGGAAACGAUGCUUCAGCCUGGUCAGUUGAUGAGGUCAUGCGGUUUGUCCAAGAAGCUGAUCCACAAACUCUCGGCCCGCAUGUCGAACUGUUUAGGAAACAUGAGAUUGAUGGCAAAGCUCUGAUGCUGCUGCGUAGUGAUGUCAUUAUGAAAUACAUGGGACUGAAGCUGGGCCCGGCGCUCAAACUCUGUCAUCACAUCGAGAAGCUGAAACAGACCAAACAGUAGAGGAUGAAGACACUCUCUGAAUAUCGUUCUACAGGGAUGAGGUGCAGUGUAAAUCCACCUGAACGGGGUCGUAGCUACCACUGAGGACACUGAGGUCAGGUCCUCCGUAUUUAUUUAUUUUUUGGGAAUCUGGGGUUUUAGCAACUCACAGGGAGUCAACAUAUACAAACUUCCACAUAAUUUCAGUAUUUUAAGAAUCAAGUUGUUUAAAUUUUUACUCUUUUUGAACAGCAAAUAAAUAGCCUACAUUGAAUUUUAUUCUUGUAAGAUUUAGAAAAAGCAUCAAGACCAUCUGGGAAAUAGAAACAACAGAAAGUAUCGUAAAGCAGUUGAAUAAUAUUUUGAGGUCUUCUUACUGGUUUUUGGUGAGUUUUGAGGUUUUGUGGUGUGCCCCAGGGGACUUAUGACCUCAGUAUUUUUAAAACCUUGGCUACGGCCCUGAUCUGAAGACAUUUAUUUUUUAAUAUACAGACCACACUUAACUUUAACAGUAAAACAGAUCCGAAGUUAAUGAAUCCAUCAUUUGCAUAAGAGUAAUUAGUAUCAGAUAUCUGAGCACAGGCAUAUGUUGUGUUCAUUUUCCUGUCUUUCUUUUCCUUAUUAUGAACAACUGGAGGCCAUCAUUUAUCAAACUUUUAAUUAACCAGACACAUGCUGUAGGCUUUGCAGCUUUAUUUCUUCAGAUAGCAGGCUGCUUAAGUAUUUUUUCCUCUGUCAGAAUUUCUCUCCAAAAGUUAAGGAAGUUAGUUCAGGUACUGGCAGUGAGCUCCUCACUGCAUCAUUUCUAACAAUGCAAUAAAAGUUUCUGAAGGACUGUGUCUGUUACAGGCUGUCAAAUUUUAGUUUAUGCAAGUUGAUGAAUGUAUGAAGUCAUGAGCGUUAUUACUAACAGGUACUAAACAGGAGUGCCACAGUGACGUAAAUGAGAAGUGUUUAAGGAUUUCAUUUCACAAAGUUGGAGAAUUUGUAUUGUUCCUUGAAGUCAAUCAUUACGUGGAUGAUUCAAACACUUUAGUAUUUUUUCUGACAAAUAUCAACUUAACAACAACUCAAAGGAUGGAUAUCUUACUUUGGAGGAAAACCUUAAAGAUGGGUUACUGAAGAGUUAUUUAUGUUUUAUUUGUGUCUGUUUCGUGUGCUGGAAGAUAUUCAAGCUGAAGAGAAUCAACUUGAGCACGGACAUUGCUCGGACAGUCACACACACGAGAUAUACACAUAAAAUGACUGGUAUACUGUAAGUAUUGACAUUGAAAAUAAAGACAAGGUCAGUAGCUGUUUAGUUGAGUGUUGUACAGAACAUUAAAGUGCUCCUGAGAGAGUACACAAUGGGGAAGCUGUUUUGUAUAAAGUUGAACCAAAAGGUUGUCUUUUGAUAUGAUUUUGUACUGUAACAAAGUGUAUCAACCUGUAUCAAGCGUAAGUGUAAUCAUUUUUUUUUCUGCCUGGAAUAGUUUAUGUGUGCACCAUCAAAUAACUACCUACAGGAUGAUGCUGUGUCUGACUAAUUAUUCACACGUCUUAGAGUAUUUAUCUGUUUUUUCAAUGGCAGAAAUACUCAUUUUCUGAACAUUUCAGAACCAUUUUCAAACCAAAUCAUGUGUGUUGUAGUUGCAUUUCACACUGUUGCUCUCCUGUAGUGGUAACAAGUUGAACUUGAAACCGUCUCGCUUUAAUGUGAAACUCAGGUUUUAGUAGGGAGUUCUUUUGUAGAAGAUGUUUUACAUCAUUAGCAUGUUGUGCUCAUUAGGCUACUACGACAUAGAGGGACUGCACAAUAACCAACUAUGUAUAUUUUUUAUGCCUUGUCAUCUAUCGCUCUGUGUAUGUAUACAACUUUUUACUGUUUGUUCAACAAAGAAAUGUUUGUUGAAUAUGUUUGAUAUGCAUUCACACAAUUAAACAUUUGUUUACAUAA